AUGACCCCAGACCCCAUCAGUCCUGUCGUGGAGGGGCUCCUCCAAGCUCUCACACUGGAAGAGAAAGUGUCUUUACUUGCCGGUCAAAAUAUGUGGCAGACUGCACAGGUCGACCGAUUGGGUAUUCAACCUCUUCAGAUGACUGAUGGCCCUGCAGGUGCUAGAGGAACCAAAUGGAACUACGGCUCUCUUACCACACUGAUACCUUGCGCUAUAUCACUGGCUGCUACCUUUGACCCGUCGAUGGUCGAGAAGGUCGGCGCUGUGCUCGGCGAAGAGACACGGCGCAAAGGCUGCCAUGUCCUUUUGGCACCGACAAUGAACCUAUCACGCUCACCACUCGGAGGUCGCAACUUUGAAGGCUACGGAGAAGACCCUUUUCUGAUUGGGACCAUGUCUACUGCGAUGAUCCGUGGUAUUCAAAGUCAAGGUGUCGGUGCUUGUAUGAAGCAUUUUAUCCUCAAUGACACCGAGACCCGGCGGUUCAACGUUGAUCAAACCAUUGAUGGCCGUACCCUGCGUGAAGUCUAUGUGAAACCUUUUGCAAUGGCCCUCGAGGCUUCACCGUGGACGGCAAUGGUCAGCUAUCCCAAGGUCAAUGGCAUCCACGCAGACAUGAGCACCUUCGUUCUCCAGCAACUUCUGCGACAGGAAUUGCAGUUUGAUCGGCUUGUCAUGAGUGACUGGGGAGGUUGCAACAGCACUGUCGAGAGUCUCAUUGCUGGCACAGAUCUUGAAAUGCCAGGUCCGCCCGUUCGUCGAGGCGAGCGUUUGCUUAGUGCUAUUCGGGAUGGGGAAGUUGAUGAAAACAAGCAUUUGAACCCCAGCGUGCGACGAGUGUUGCAGUUGCUUGAACGAGCCGCCCUCCUUCCCUCGCUUGAAGAGCUAAAUGGCCUAUCUCAGGAAUCGGGUCACAAAUUUUCGUCUCCUGAACUACCAUCAGACAAUGCCGCAUUUCACAAAACAGUGCGAGAAGCCGCAGAGAGUGGCUUGGUUCUGUUGAAAAAUGAGGAUCUUCUGCCCCUCCCUUCCUCCCUUGGUAGGGUCGCUAUCCUUGGUCCAAACGCUCGCAAGCCAACCGCUGGUGGCUCUGGCAGUGCAGCCGUCAAUCCAUUUUACAUCACAACACCGGAAGAAUGUCUCACAGAAGCUCUUCGAAACGCUAGUCCUGGGGUUCGGGUUUCGUACGAGCAGGGCAUACCUUUUACCUUGCGACCGCCUCUUUUUGGUGAUUCGCUCAUCAUUCCUGAUGGUUCGAAACAGGGUGUUCAAGUGGACUUUUUUGCGGGAUACGAGUUCCAAGGUCCAGUGGUCGCUACCACCUUCUGGGCUGAUUCCUUGGUGUACAUGAUGAGCGACGGGGACGUUCCUCCAUCACUAAAGGGCAAGCCUUACUCUUACAGAGCCACCGGUGUCGUCACUCCCAAAGUUUCUGGUCAAUACACCUUCAGUAUUGCAAACACAGGCAAGGCCAAGCUUUUUAUUGACGACCAGCUCUUAAUUGACAACACCGACUGGACAACCAUCACUGGCGGUUUCCUUGGUUGUUCCAGCGAAGACCGAGAGUCUUCUCUAUUUCUGGAAGGAGGGCGCUCAUACGCCUUGCGAGUAGAUAACGCUGUCACCUUGCCUGUGAUGAAAUCAUUUGAUAACACCCUGUUCCCCAGAGUUUCGGGUUUGCGGUUCGGUUUCUCCUUGGAGGAAGACGAGGAUGCCAUGAUGCAGCGGGCCGUGCAGUCCGCCCGAGAGUCAGACGUUGCUAUCCUAAUCGUCGGUCAUAACAAGGACUCCGAAGGUGAGGGUGGUGAUCGACCGAACAUGGAAUUGCCAGGUCGCACCAACGAGCUCGUUUCCUCUGUUUGCGCCGCCAACCCCAACACCAUUGUCGUUGUUCAGGCAGCGUGUGCCACUGCAAUGCCUUGGGAAGAUCAGGCAGGUGCUAUUGUCCUGGGCUGGUAUCAAGGCCAAGAGAACGGACAUGCCCUGGCAAACGCACUACUAGGUCACUGCAACUUCUCUGGAAAGACCCCAAUCACCUUCCCGAAAAUGCUGGACGAUCACGGCUCCAGCCGUUGGUUUCCUGCUGAAGCGGCACAAGACCACGCCUUCUUUGGUGAAGGGGUUUUGGUGGGCUAUCGAUCGUUCGACGAGCAAAAGAUCGAGCCCUUGUGGCCAUUUGGCUUUGGGUUGUCUUACACCACAUUCACGCUAUCUGGCAUAUACUUCAGAGGUUUGUUGACUGCGUCCUCCGCAUCUGAAAUUACCAUUCAUGCCACCGUGAAAAAUACAGGCUGUUGUGGUGGACAUGAAGUGGUCCAGGUAUACUCCUCGCCGUCGGAGUGCAUUCGUGAAAGUGGCCUCCAGAGUUUUCCGAAGACUUUGGCUGGGUUUUCCAAGGUCUAUGUCCCGGCGGGGGAGUGUAGAGAUGCGAGCAUUGUCAUCAAAAAUGAAGAACUCCGGUGGUAUGAUAAAGAGGUGGGUUCGUGGCGCCUAGACAGUGGUACUUACACUUUCUUCGUGGGUACCAGUGUGAGAGAUAUUCAUUGCGAGCUGAAGAUCAAUAUGGUCUAG